GGAAAUGGGCUUAGGUACAUCAUAUAUUAUUAUUGUUCGAUUUAUGUGAGUGCCCAAAUAAUAUUAUAGUAUGUUUUUAUGUAAAAAUUUAAGUUUCCAAGAUCUCACUGCUGUAAGCCUUGUGAUUGUUGAUGUUAUUUUGUAUACUUGAUACCGAGGAUGAGUAUAUUAAUGGUUUGAUUUGCCUAAUUUAGCAUAUAAUUAUAAUGAUGUAAUUUUCAUUGGUGGUCUUAUUCCACUGGUGGUUGGUCUGGGUUGUCCAUUGUGUUUUGCACAGGGAGGGGCGCCAUGUUUUCUUAGCAAAGAAGAAGUUUUUCCGUGUGUUGUCAAAAGCAGCUAGAGGGCACAAAAAACCGUCAAUCUGUAUAUUUUGUAUUACUACGAUGCUGCUACAUAUGGUAUUGACGGUUUUGUGUUCAAAGUGAUACAACGUUGAAAUUAAUAGUCUACAGAUCCAAGGUGAUGUAAUUUCUUGUUACAUGUUUCCAGUUAUAAAGUCACAGCCUAGAUGUCAAACCACUUAAGUGAAGUUAUAUUAUAAACUGUGGAUAGAGACGGCACGAUAUAGUUCUCUCUCACCUUUCAUCAUUAUUCCCUAAUAGUUAUAAGCUUACUUUGCUAUGUGGUUUUAUAAUUCAUCCUUCAUGUAGUGUCAUAACUAUUUCAUUUAUAUAUAGUAAUAAUAUUUGUAAAGCAGCCUCUAAAUAGUUUUAGUAGUCAUACUAGUAGUCACAUGGUCACAAUAUGCCCACAACUUAUAAGUCAAAGUCUGUAGAAAAUCUGACUCAUGCUCCAUUAAAGCCUUCUGCUGGAGCCAGGACAGUAGUUAGUGCUGUUAUAGAAACAAGAGGUAUGAGAAAACUUACAGAAAAGAGGAAUCAAACACAGGAAGAAAUUCCACCUAAUAGAAAGAUCAGUGAUGAUACAGAAGUAAGAACAAAAGAUGACAUCUCACAAGUGCCUUUAUCUAAUAGUAAAAGGAAGUCUGCAGAAAAAACGAAGAGAAUUCAGACGAAAACCCAGAAGCAAAUUAUGUCAAACAUAGAGAUUAGUGAUGAUGAAAUAGAGGUGAGACCAGAAGAUAGUGUAUCACAGAUAAGUGCAGAUUCCGUUAGAUCCAGUAAGAGGAGCAGUAGAAUUGAAGAAGAGUUAAAGGGGGUUAAUGAUGUUAUGGCCAGAAUCGUUCGUGAAUUAAAGAAGCCUGAAAGUGAAAUAAAGAAAUUUGAUGGUAACUGCUUAGACUACAAGAAAUUUAUGCGUCAAUUCAAAAUGAAGAUAAUAAACAAUGCAUCAGAUGAUGAUGAAAUAAUGACAUAUUUAGAACAGUACACAACGGGUGAGGCUCACAAGAUCGUCACUGGCUAUUCACACAUUGAUGCUCAUGUUGGAUACCCGGCGGCUUUAAAGGAAUUACAGGACAGAUAUGGGAAUUCAGAAGUCAUAGCUAAUACCUACAUAAAAAAAGCUUUGGAGUGGCCAACUAUUAAAGCCGAUAACAUUAAAUUUUAGAUGAAUAUUCUAUCUUCCUGUUCGAAUGUGAGGCUGCAGUAGAAAGUAUUGAUGCCCUUAAUAUUUUAGAGUACUCAGAAAACUUGAAAAGACUUGUACAGAAAUUACCUUUUCAUCUGCACGAGAAAUUCCGUACAAUGGCUUUAGACAAGAAAGAUAAACACCAAACUGUUAAGUUCAAAGAUUUAGUCCAGUUUGUCAGACGUGAAGCUAGAAAGGCAUCGGAUCCUGUUUUUGGAAAAGAAGCUAUGCAUCAGACUUCAAACCACUUCAUCAAUAAUAAAUUAUCUGGAAUCAGAAACAGAACUCCUUUAACAGCAACUGCUCAUAUUGGAAGAAAUGGUAACACUUGUUGUAACCAAGUUAGUCAAAAUAGUUAUCCAGGUCAAGCCACUCGUCAGACUAGUUACCAAAGCCCAGCUCCCCAACAAACCAGUUACUCAAGUCAAACCCAUCGUCAAACUCGACAACACAAUUAUCAGAAUAAUUCAAGUCAAACUCAAGGUGAUAGUCAACCUCCUGUGAACUCUAGAUUUCAGCUUAAGCCAUGUUUAUAUUGCAAUUCAUCAAUACACACCAUAGAACACUGUCGUCAGUUUGUAGAGAAAUCCUUAGAAGACAAACAAGUUCUAUUAAGGAAUCUGUCUGCAUGUUUUGGUUGCCUAAAACAAGGACAUCAUGUUCGAGUUUGUACCAGUGUAUUACAAUGCAGCGUUUGUAAAGGGAGUCACCCAACUUUGUUGCAUAACCCAGACAGACAAGUUCGUAAUCCUUCAUCAAAUUCUAGUUCAUUGAAUCACCCAAGUAAUAAUUCUGCUGUCCUUAAAGAAUCAGAACGUCCAGAAUCUCAUAUGGGGGUCGGAGACAAAGAAGCAGAAGAAUUUAUAUUUUCUGUGAUUCCUGUCAGAAUUAAAGUUAAAAACACAGAACAUUUUGUUAUCACACAUGCCUUUCUUGACUCUGGCAGUAGCAUUACCUUUUGCACAGUAUACGUAUUAAGAAAACUUGGUCUUAAAGGGAAAAGGUCAAAGCUAACGUUAAACAUGUUGGGCAGUCUUCAGACAAUUGAGACAGAAACCAUUAGAUGUUUGGAAUUAGGAGAUGUGCAUGGAAACUUUAUGUUCGAUUUACCCAUGGUUUACAGUAAAGAUGAAAUCCCUGUCUCGACCCGUCAUAUACCUACCAACAGAGAUAUUAGUAGAUUUCCUCAUCUACAAGGCAUCGAGUUGCCUGAAAUCAACGCUGAAAUAGGGUUGUUAAUUGGUAUUAAUGUUCCGAAUGCCUUUUCACCAUUAGAAGUUAUAUCAGGUCCGGAUGGAAGUCCCCAUGCUACUAGGACAAGACUAGGAUGGGUGUUAUGGAAUGUCAGACGUCAUAUCAAAGGCCAAACAAGUCAUACUAGUUACACAAGUCAAGAUUUACCAAGAAUCAACAAAGUAGAAAUUGCUGCAAUAGAAGAAAUAGAGAAGUUAAACCAAAUUGAUCAAGCUGUUCGAAAUUCCUAUAACUUAGAUUUUCCAGAAAGGGUCGCUGACGAAAAGAGAGAAUAUUCUAAAGAUGACAAAAAGUUUAUGCAGAUUAUUGAAGAGUCAAUUCAGUACCAAAAUAAUCAUUAUAUUAUACCAUUACCAUUUAGAACGCCUUUGCCUGUUAUACCAAACAACAGAUAUCAAGCUCUACAAAGGCUAAAGGGUGUUAAGGCCAAGAUGACUAAAAAUGAGAAAUAUUAUACAGAUUACAAAACUUUCAUGAACAGCAUCAUUGAUAAAGGCUUUGCAGAGAAGAUUAAAGAAGAAGAUUUAUUAGUUGACACCCAGAAUAGAGAAUAUUUCCUUUUGCAUCAUGGAAUUUACCACCCUCGAAAACCUGAUAAGCUACGAGUGGUAUUUGAUUGUUCCAACAAGUUUAGGGGAGUCUCUUUAAAUGAUCUUCUUUUACCAGGGCCAGAUUUAACAAAUAGUCUCGUAGGAGUCCUUUUAAGAUUUCGCCAGGAACCAGUAUGCUUUAUAUCCGACAUAGACAACAUGUUCUAUGAAGUUAAAUUACCAGAACAACAACAUGAUUAUUUAAGAUUUUAUUGGUGGCCAGAUGCUGAUCUCGACACAGAUCCAGAAAUUUAUAAGAUGACAGUACAUAUUUUUGGAGCGGUAUCGUCACCAAGUUGCUCUAAUUAUGCUCUGAAGAGAUCAGCAUAUGACAAUCAAGAUAAAUUUUCUGAAGAAGCUGUAAAUACAGUUCUUAAAGACUUUUAUGUAGACAACUGUUUAAAGAGUGUUAAAACGGAGUCAGAAGCUAUCAACCUAUGUCAUGAGUUACGACAACUUUUGAGUAAAGGCGGCUUCAACCUUCGGAAGUGGAUCAGCAAUAGUAGAGAGUUACUAAAUUCAUUGCCUGUCACAGAGAGAGCAAAAGACGUUCAACAAUUAAAUUUGGAUUACGAUGAACUGCCGACUGAAAGAGCAUUAGGGGUUACCUGGUGUGUUGACAGUGACAGCUUUGGUUUUCAUGUACAGUUACGGAAAAUAGAUUGUAAUACCCGACGUAAUAUACUGUCUGUUGUUAGUAGUUUAUAUGAUCCAUUAGGAUUGGUGUCACCAGUCUUAUUACCAGCUAAGAUAAUACUGCAAGAACUUUGUAAAAGCGGUCUCGAUUGGGAUACUGAAGCAGACCAAUCAUUAACCCGAAGAUGGCAAAAUUGGUUAACAGAUCUUCCGUUGUUAGAGACCAUUAGAGUUAAUAGAUGUAUAAAACCAGCUCAUUUCGAUGAUAUAACCUCCUGUCAAAUCCAUAAUUUCAGUAAUGUCAGUGAGAAGGGAUACGGAACGGCCUCGUAUUUACGUUUAGUCAACAGUAAUAACAAGGUUUAUGUCUGUCUUUUGAUGAGCAAGUCGCGAGUGGCACCAUUAAAGAAAGUGACAAUCCCUCGCAUGGAAUUAACAGCAGCCAUGAUGUCUGUAAGAUUGAGUAAUAUUAUUAACAGUGAAAUGGAAAUGCCAAUUGAUGAAGUCAUAUUUUGGACAGACAGUAUUUCAGUAAUUAACUACAUUAAUAAUGAGUCUACACGGUUUUACACUUUUGUGGCCAACCGCAUCACCAUAAUUCAUGCCAAUACAGAACCAAAACAAUGGCGACACAUAGACGGUAAGCUAAAUGUUAGUGAUAUGGUGUCUCUUGGUACAACAGUUGAAAAAUUGGUUAAUAGUAAUUGGUUUAUAGGACCAGAUUUUCUAAAGAAAGGAGAAACGGAAUGGCCUAUUACCAGAAGUAAUAAUCAACUCGCUGGAAAUGACCCAGAAGUCAGACCUGCAGUUCAUGCAACCAUUGUUAAACCAUCUCCAAUUGAUGUUUACUUAACUCACUUCUCCACUUGGAAAAAACUGUGUAAAGUAGUUGGAUGGAUUGUACAGUUCACGUCUUUUCUCAAGUACUUGUCUUCUAAAAGAAAAGAGAUUCGUGAUAAAUUACAACAAACAGAAAACAAUGGUCAAUGUUUAGAAGAAAGGAUUAAGAGGGAAAUGGAUAGAAUUAAAACAAAGGAUAACUUCAACACAUUUGGUCAAUUGAAUUUAGAAGUUCUACAGAAGUCAGAAUAUUUAAUCAUCAAGAAUGAACAGAAGAAAUACUUAAAUGAAGAACUCCAAAUAUUGAAAGCUAAUCGCAACAAAAAUGUACCAGAAAUGAUUAAAGCUGCCAGUCCUAUUCACAGAUUAGACCCAAUGUUAGAAGAUGAUCUUAUAAAAGUAGGUGGCCGCCUCAGUCGUUCAAGUUUAAGUGAUGAGGUUAAGCACCCCCCUGUUAUACCAAGACAGUCUCAAAUAUCUACUCUUAUUAUACAAGAUGCACACAAGACAGUCGGACAUCUUGGUCGAAACUCAACUCUAGCUCAGUUACGUCAGAAAUACUGGAUAGUACAAGCAAAUACCCUGAUACGAAGAGUUAUCUCAAAGUGCAUAGUUUGUCGUCUAUACCAAUCUAAACCCGGAUGUCAGAAGAUGGGCGAUAUCCCAAAUGAAAGAUUGAUACCAGAUGAUCCGCCAUUUUCUAGAACAGGAGUCGAUUACUUCGGACCAUUUGAGAUAAAGCGAGGUCCUAGCAUUGUGAAGCGUUACGGUGUCUUAUUUACUUGUAUGGGUAUUAGGGCUAUUCACUUAGAGGUUGCUCAUUCUUUAGAGACCACUACAUGUAUCAAUGCUUUAAGACGGUUUGCAUCACGUAGGGGUAAUGUUAAAUUCAUUAGGUCAGAUAAUGGUACUAAUUUAGUAGGGUGUGAGAGAGAACUUCGCGAGGAGAUAGAUAAAUGGAACAAACAACAGAUCCAUGAUUAUAUGCUCCAAGAUAAUAUCCAAUGGAAAUUUAAUCCACCAACAGGAUCCCACUUUGGUGGAGUCUGGGAGCGACAGAUACGGUCAGUUAGGAAAGUUCUAUAUUCCAUUUUAAAGGACACUUGUACCAAGAGUAGUUUAGAUGAUGAAGCUCUUCAAACUGUGUUUUGUGAAGUUGAAAGGAUUGUGAAUAGUAGGCCACUUUCCAGCUUAUCUAGUGAUCCGAAUGACUUGGACACACUAACACCCAACCAUUUGUUAUAUUUACAAUCUAAUUUUAAUUUUCCCCCAGGUAUUUUUGAUUUGAAAGACUCUUAUGCCAGACAUAGGUGGAAACAAGUUCAGUUUAUUGCUGACACCUUUUGGGAUAGAUGGACAAAAGAAUACUUACCCACGUUACAAGAACGUAAAAAAUGGACAAAUAGCAAAAAAAAACUUUAAAGUGUCAGAUCUUGUUUUGAUAGUUGAUGAUUCUCAACCUAGGGGAUUGUGGUUGCUAGGACGCAUCAUUAAGAUUAUGCCUGAUUCUAAGGGAAAUGUUAGGGUAGUUAAAGUCAAAACCAAGCAUUCUGAACUGAUAAGGCCCAUUUCCAAACUUUGUCUUAUUAUGGAAUCAGAGCAGUAACAGUUAAGUUUCAUUUGGAAACUAGGUUUCUUAUUAUUAUGAGUAGGCAUAUGCCAAUUAUCUAACAUAAGCUUACUGGAAUUACAGAGUUAAUUAGUAAUAUAAUACCAGAUUAAGUUGUAAUUCUUUACCUUAGGAUUGCUGUGUUUACUAUAAUAUUUCAGUAAGAUAUUGUAUUAAGAUUUGUCUCAUUAUGUUUAGAAAAUUGUUUUAAUUGUUUUCACGAAGUUACACAAUAUGUGAGUGCCCAAAUAAUAUUAUAGUAUGUUUUUAUGUAAAACGUUUCCAAGAUCUCACUGCUGUUAGCCUUGUGAUUGUUAAUGUUAUUUUGUAUACUUGAUACCGAGGAUGAGUAUAUUAAUGGUUUGAUUUGCCUAAUUUAGCAUAUAAUUAUAAUGAUGUAAUUUUCAUUGGUGGUCUUAUUCCACUGGUGGUUGGUCUGGGUUGUCCAUUGUGUUUUGCACAGGGAGGGGCGCCAUGUUUUCUUAGCAAAGAAGAAGUUUUUCCGUGUGUUGUCAAAAGAAGCUAGAGGGCACAAAAAAACGGUAUCAUUAUACAUCUUUUGUUAUAUUUUACUGUGUAAGCCAUCAGUGGCACCAAUUAUUCUAAUUAUGUCAUUUGUCACAGUGUAAUUUGUAUGCAAUUCAUUCGUGAAGCUGGCGUGGUUAUUUGUGCAUAAAACCCGCUCGCCGUUAAGUAGUAAGUCACGUGACCCCAAUCAGCUGUUUUGUUUACAUCCUUAAUAGAAUGAACUGUCAAAACUAAUACGAUACUUAUAUGCAUAGUAUGUUAACCUAGGAUUUGUAGUAGUCAUAUGUCAAGGUAUUUUCUGUUUAUCUGUCAGACUUGUCAUAUUUCUUUUGUUAUACUGACAUGAUAGAUGGAAUUUAUCUGUUAUAAUAGUAUGGUUAGCUUCAGAAAGUAUAUUAUAUGUCUUUUAAGUCAAUCUGUAUAUUUUGUAUUACUACGAUGCUGCUACAAUUUAUAUAGCGCUUCAUUACACGUGCAUAUCACAAACAUAUACAAUAUUAUUGUCAACGCUCCCUGGAAAUAAA